GGUGGCGCGUGCCUGUAAUCCCAGCUACUCAGGAGGCUGAGGCAGGAGAAUUGCCUGAACCCAGGAGGCGGAGGUUGCGAUGAGCCGAGAUCGCGCCAUUGCACUCCAGCCUGGGUAACAAAAGCGAAUCUCUGUCUCAAAAAAAAACGAAAAUAGAGUCUUCAUGGAUGCAAUGAGUUGAGAGGCAGUCAUACUGGUUGAGAGUGGGUCCUAAAUCCAGUGGCCAGUGUCCCCAUAAGAAAACAGGACACAUACAGCAGACACCAGGACUCCAAGAUGGCGUCACUUGUACCAGUGAAGGAUAAGAAACUUCUGGAAGUCAAACUAGGGGAGCUGACAAGCUGGAUCUUGAUGCAAGACUUCAGCCCUCGUGGCAUUGCCGAAGUGCUUCGAAGAGGUUACUACCAGUACUGCAGCAAGUACAUCAAUGUGAAGAAGGGGAGCCUCUCAGGGGUUACCAGGGUGCUGGCAGGCUACGUGCUCUUCAGCUACUCCUUUUCCUACAAGAAGUUCAAGCACAAGCGGCUACGCAUGUACCACUGAGGAAGAGGACACACUGCUCUCCCCCGACGACCUUGACCUGAGCCCCUCCAUAAGGAACACAGUCUCAAUCGUUGUUGAAUCCUCUUAUAUCUUAAUGGAAAUAAAAGACUGGUAGUGAAAUAAAAGACUGGUAUGUGGAAAAAAAGUCAGGACACGCACAGAGGGGAAAAGGCCAUGAUCUAAUGGUGGCAGAGACGUGUGAUGCCGCUAUAAAUCUGGGAAUGGAGAGCAAACAGCAGAAGCUAGGAGGUGGGCAUGGAGCAGACAUUCCCUCAGAGCCCCUGCAGAAACCAAGCUGCUAACCCUUUGAUUGCGGAUUUCUAGUCUGCUGAGCUGUGAGAGAAUA